AUGGCCAGCGAAAGUGGGUUGCCGACGUCGAACGACAUUUCGACUUCGACAUCCAAGUCAAAAUCGAUACAAGAUAUCGUGUCUGUAGUUGUUGACAGCGUGUGGCAGUAUGUGCACGUGGGAGCAGCGGCUUUUCUCUUCUACGAAGAUCGCUUGCUAUGCCUCUACAGCCUGGUUGGUUUUGCGAGUUUGUGCUGUGGCGUGCUAGCAGCGUCGCGCUCAGCUGGUGUGGUUCCCGUCAUGGGCGAGGAACUGUGGAGGAUUGCAAUUCCAGCAUCUGCAAUUAUCUCCGUCACCACGUCGUUGGGAUGUCGAAUUGCAGGAUGGGUAUCUGCAAAAGCCACGUGUUGCUUGUGCAUUUUGCUGCCGGCUGCAAUUGUGGCGUUGACAACCGUCACGAUCCGCAAUGACAAGACCGCACGGCUGCGUCUAUGA